UGGAAAUGAUACAUUACCCGGAAGUGGAGCAGCGACGCCUGUUCCGCAUUCGCGGCGUGAGUGUGGAUUACAUCUGUUUAUUUAUGCAUUCAUUUGGUAUUUUGAUAAACGUGAUUUUGAUUGUUGCCGUUUAAUUCCAUAUGUAUUUUUUUUUGGUAAAUUGUCAGCAAUAAAAUCUUCUUGCAUGUCUUGCUGCUGUGGACCAUGAACAUUACUCCCCUGAAGCGCUCCCACAUCCUCAAAAUGGCGAUGUCCAGCUCAGAGCAGGGCAGCUCCGAGCCGUUUGCAACCAAAGCGGUGAAGAUCACCUGCGUGGUGCUGGUGUACUGGUUCGUAUCGAUCACCAUGGUGUUUGUGAACAAGUAUCUGCUGGCCAGCCCGGUUCUGCAGCUGGACGCGCCGCUCUUUGUAACUUGCUUCCAGUGCAUUAUGACCGUGCUGCUUUGCUUCCUGCUCAACACUCUGGCCAUGCUCUGCCCCAACCUGGUGAAAUUCCCCUUCAUCGCCUUCGACUUCAAGGUCUCCAGGGAGGUUCUCCCACUCUCCAUCGUCUUCAUCGGGAUGAUCACUUUCAACAACCUGUGCCUCAAGUACGUCGGGGUGGCUUUCUACAACGUUGGCCGUUCCCUGACCACCGUCUUCAACGUCCUGCUCUCCUAUGUGAUGUUGAAGCAGACCACUUCCUUGCGAGCAAUACUAUGCUGUUGCAUCAUCGUAGGUGGUUUUUGCCUGGGAAUAAACCAGGAGGGUGCAGCAGGCAGUCUGUCCUGGUCAGGAGUCAUGUUUGGCGUAAUGGCCAGUUUGUGUGUGUCGCUGAAUGCCAUUUACACCAAGAAGGUUCUGCCGGCUGUAGACGGCAGCAUUUGGAAAUUAACCUACUACAACAACAUCAAUGCCUGCAUAUUGUUUGUUCCAUUAAUCAUUAUCACGGGGGAACUGAAAGUACUGUAUAACUUUGACAAGCUCGGCAGUCACAGCUUCUGGACAAUCAUGGUUUUAGGAGGUGUGUUUGGGUUUGCCAUUGGAUACGUCACGGGACUACAGAUCAAAUUCACCAGCCCACUGACCCAUAACGUCUCUGGAACUGCCAAGGCCUGCACGCAAACCGUUCUGGCCGUGUCCUACUUUGAAGAGGCCAAGACCGUCCUCUGGUGGAUGAGUAACCUGCUGGUCCUCAUUGGGUCAUUUGCCUACACCUGGGUGAAAGGGCUGGAAAUGAAGAGAGUGCAGGCACAGACAUUAAACAAAAACCAAGAGAGGAAUGAAGCUAAGGUCUAAAAAGGGGAGUAUUACAUUGGGCUGAAUGUACAGUGGAAGAUUGAUGGGGGAAGGUAGAGUCUUGAUAGUCGGAGAAUGGAAAUUGCCAAAUGGUUGAAACUGCCCAUUUUUUCUAGCUGCUUCUCCUGUUGGCAAGAUGAACAGCGCUGGAGUUCCCUUGUACAGCUCCAGGUUUAACCAUGUGCCCACUCAAGCCAAUGAGACCUCAACAUCAAUGAUGGAUAAACACAAGAGGCAGUGUGUGCUGAGUAUCGUCCACUGGUAAAUGGGUGAAAGCACUGGGGUCACUCCUGUAAUCCAUUGUUCAAUGUUCUCCGAGAUUCCUUGCUGUUAAUGGGGAAACAUCACACUCCGUACGUAUAGCCUGGAGAUUGGCUCUUGUUCCUGGACCAUCUGUCAACUACUUGAUCCUCUUGUUCCCACCCACCUCCCUCCCCUUCCACCUCUUGUGAAACUAGGAUUUAUCUCUGCCCCAUCCUGGUUAGUGUGACAAUUAGAUCAAUGUUUCCCAUGCUUGCUAAAGGUGCGGUAAGGUCAAAAGAAAGAUUUUGGUGUGUGAUGGGUUCUUUCUUUGGGUUAGAAGUUUGUCUUUGGGCAUUGGUGCAAAGUGGUACAAUGAAUUUCUGAAUUUCAGUUCUCCAAAUAUAAUCAAAUUCCUGAAUGGGGAAACUACAGGUCCACUGCUGAUUUUUCGGCAACUGAUGGUCUGGCACCUCCUUUCACCCGGGCAAAAUUACAAAAGCGUAGUUGAAAACCCCCUGGAAGUUCCCGGAAAAUGGGUUGGGUUAGAUGGCCGAUCACGACCUCAUCGAGACAUCCGUGCCUGAUCGGAGAGUCAAAUUUGUCCCCUGUGGCCGGGGCUCUGGCCAGCAGAUCCAUUCCUAUAGCCAAUUUCCGACUUUACGGGCCGAUAUCUCGGCUCGUCGGCUGUCUAGGUGCACCAUCUGGCCAAACAGAUAAUUCAGAAAGGCUCUGGAUCUAAGGGUACUGGACCGGCGGUGGACCUGUCUGUUUAGUGGAAGUGAUAGUGGACAUAUUUCCAUCUUGUUUUGUGUAACAGUUUUUAAUUCCUUCAGGAUAAAGGAGAACUGAAAGGAUCCCUUGCAAGUUUUUCUUGCAAUAAUUUGAUAUGCUUAAAUCUCUUUUAUAUAUUUUCACUAAAAGUAUAAAUUUAUUGUGGUUACUUUGGAAAAAUUGUGUUUCAUGAUUGGGGUUUUCAAUGCAAACUAUGCCAUGGGUCUGUGAAUGUUAAUCCAAAGUUUAAUGGUCUUUUGGUAAUUUGAAAAUAAAUUCUUUUACCACAGUU